CAGAUUUUUUCCGGUUGUGUAUUUUCAAAUUCUAGCGCCCUCGAGCUGGUUUCUCCAAAAUGACCUACCCAACCUUUAAUGUUUAACCACAAGCGGCUCCACCUGCACAGAUAGGCUAACGUUACUUAGAAUGAACUAAAAGUAUGUCAAAGAUCAUGGAGUCCUCCUCCUUUUAAUACUCUGUGUGUACAACAAGGCAACGAGAUAAAGGAGUCCUGUGAAGGGACACUUGUAAGGCUGUAUUCCCUCUGAGAGGCCAUGUAUCCUGUCGACCUUCCAGCUGUGGAGGACACUGACCUGACAUCUGUAUCUGAACUCUACCUCUCCUCUCUGGAGUCAGGAACUCACAACGAGGAGUGGUUUGAGUUAUCACACACUUCAAAGGUAGCGAUCACAGCAAACAAUGUGAGGCUGUUGCAGCUGUUUGAUGACCAUCAGUCCGACUGUACGCUGCUGGCGCUGCACCCUCCUAAUGAUCCAACACAAGUGCUGGCUCUGUACCUGCAGGACCAGUGGUGGAGUGUGGACGACGCGUUGAGGACAUGCUGCAAGGACAGAAACGGCUUGAUCUCGGUGCAGUCACUGAUGGAGCGAGUGAUCGUGUUCCUGCUCAGUCAGGUGCUGGAGAGGUCCCCUCAGGAGAAGACGUUGUUCUCCCUGCACCCCCGCACAGAGAGCUGCAAGCUGCUGUGGAGAGACAGCCAGGCGGUGGGCUUCUACACCAUCAAACACAAAGGCAGCCUGUGUGACGGCUGGAGCAGCCGCUGCUACCUGCUGCCUACUCUGGACACGCUGCUGGUGAGGAGGGGCUGGAGGAGGAGGGGCCUGGGGCUACUCAUGCUGGAGGACUUCUGCUCCUCCUUCUCCACAGAGGAGAUCCUGGGAGUCAGCGCUCCGCUGUCCCCCAGCAUGGUGGCAGUGUGCAGGAGUUUUCUGCAGCAGCAUGAAGAACAUCUGGAGAGUCUGUACGAGGUGGAGGCUCCAGGGGGGUGGACCCAACGACGAAACAUCUGGCUCAGCAUCCAGCUGGGACGCUACACUUCCUGUAUCAAGGAGGAGAGUGGUCCGGCAUCAGGAGACACUCAGAGGAAUAAUGACUCCUCUCUGAAGAGCAGUGAUUGCAGGCCGGACCCAGAGAGCUGCUCUGAUGUGGACGCUCCACUGGUGACAGGCUCCUCUGCACAACAACUGGAGCUCUGUGCUCAGCGGCGAGCAGGACGCUCCCCCAGCAGCUGUGUCUCUGGAACAGGAUGUUGUCCUGCAGCCCACGCUGAAGAUCUGGACUCUGGACCUCCCUGCAGACCCCCACAGUCCCUCAACACACAACAAGCCCUGAAACCUAAACCCUCUGUAUCUGCAGAGCCUGGAGAGGUAGAGGAAGAACAAAGGAAUGCCAAACGAGUUCGAAGGACAUGAGAAUACAGACACAGUGGAAAACUGUUUACAGUAUACAGAGGAGGCUGCUCUGUCCUCCUGUACCUAGGUGACCUUUACAACUUUAACUUUCUAGGCUGAGAUAUGGAUUCAUUGAAAGGACUGUUAUGGCAAUUAUGAUAUUAAAGCUUAAUACAGUGUAGUCCUAAUGAAAUGUGAACAGCUGCAUCCUGGAAAUGGCAUUUAAAUGUAUGUGUUUGUGUCCGAUGUGUUUGGACAAGGGGGUUUUAUGACACUACAGGAAGAGAGAAUGAGUGCACACUCAAAGCGCCUAAGAGUGGCUGUAAUACACAGAACAGGGCGCUCUCUUUGGUGGAGGUGUCAUGCUUGCGAAGAUCUCAAAAUACUUUAUAUCGAUAUUAUGUUUCUUUGCAAUUUUCUCUAGACAGCAGCUGAUUUGAAGUUGGUACUAUCAAAAAGCAUGCGAUCAACAGUUUUAUAUAUUUUUUUAAAAUGUGCUUUGAAGUGCUCUGUUACACUUGAAAUGAUGUUAUUUGUAAUGAGAAUCACUUACACUCCUACUGAUUUGGAAGUCAGUUUAGGAAGUCUGAUCAAAAUAAAGGAAAAUGUUGAUGUUU